AUGGUCCUCCUCAAGAGCUUGGUGGUAGCCAGUUUGGCUGCUGCUGUUGCGGCCAAGUCCGCGGUCCUCGACCUCAUCCCCUCCAACUUCGACGAUGUCGUCCUCAAGUCCGGCAAGCCGACCCUCGUCGAGUUCUUUGCGCCCUGGUGCGGCCACUGCAAGACCUUGCCCCCGUUUACGAGGAGCUUGCUACCGCUUUCGAGUACGCGAAGGACAAGGUUCAGAUCGCCAAGGUUGAUGCCGAUGCAGAGAGAGAGUUGGGCAAGCGCUUUGGUGGUGGACGUGACUUGGAGAGCCUGUCUAGCUUCAUCGCCGAGAAGACUGGCGUCAAGUCCAGGAAGAAGGGUUCUGUUCCUAGCCUUGUCAGCGUUCUCAACGAUGCCACCAUCAGCGGCGCCAUUGGCGGCGACAAGAACGUCUUGGUUGCUUUCACUGCUCCCUGACUGCAAGAACCUCGCUCCUACCUGGGAGAAGCUUGCCGCUACCUUUGCCAGCGAGCCCGAGAUCACGAUUGCCAAGGUUGAUGCCGAUGCGCCCAACGGCAAGAAGUCCGCUGCCGAGUACGGCGUCUCCGGUUUCCCUACGAUCAAGUUCUUCCCCAAGGGAAGCACCACCCCUGAGGACUACAACGGCGGCCGCUCCGAGGCUGAUUUCGUCGAGUUCCUGAACGAGAAGGCCGGUACCCACCGCACCCCCGGUGGUGGCCUUGACACCGUCGCUGGCACUCUCGCUGCCCUCGAUGAGAUUGUUACCAAGUACACUGGCGGUGCUUCCCUGACUGAGAUCACCGAGGAGGCUAAGGAGGCUGUCAAGAGCCUAAAGAACUCUGCCGAGCUCAAGUACGCCGACUACUACCUCCGCGUCUUCGACAAGCUGAGCAAGAACGAGGGUUAUGCCGCCAAGGAGUUUGCCCGUCUCGAGGGCAUCCUCAAGAAGGGUGGUCUUGCCCAGGCCAAGGUUGAUGAGCUUACUGCCAAGGUCAACGUUCUCCGCAAGUUCGUUGAGAAGGCGGUGGAGGACGUCAAGGAUGAGCUCUAA